AUGUCAACAUUAACUUCAUUAUUGUUUCGUCAUGCUAAUAAAUUUCAUUCCAUUCGUCAAUUCCAUGUAACAUCACGUGCAUUCCAAGAACGUUAUUACACAAAAAAACAUGAAUGGGUACAAAUACUUGAUAAUAAAAAAGAAGUUCGUAUUGGUAUUAGUGAAUUUGCUCAAAGUGCUUUAGGUGAUGUUGUCUAUUGUGAAUUACCUUCAAUUGGUGCAAAAUUUAAACGUGAUGAUGCAUUUGCAACAUUAGAAUCGGUUAAAGCUGUUGCUGAAUGUUUUAUGCCAAUUGAUGGUGAAAUUUCAAGCACGAAUGAGAAAUUAAAAACUCAAGCUGAUUUAAUUAAUAAAAGUCCAUAUGAGAAUGGUUGGCUUGUUCAAGCAAAAAUCGAUGAAAAUAAUCGAAAUGAUAUUGGCAAAGUUUUAAUGAAUGAAAAAAAAUAUCAAGAAUUUUUAGAGAAAAAUAAAGAAUCUGGUGAUCAUUAA